UGACACUCUUUCAGUAUCGUCUGAGACUGAUGACAGUGCUGGACCAAGCUCCAAGAGACCUUGUUUUAGUGGAGUUUUUGAGGCAAAACAGUUUGUUAGAGACAUUUUAGAGGAAAAGGCAGGAGGACCUGCGAUUUUGGCUGAAUAUAGAGAUCAUGGAAAACUCACAGACUCAACCAGGCGACACUUGGUGAACAUUGUUGUUGCGCACAUUACUGACAAAGAAGGCCAUGUCCCUUCUAAAGAAACGAAGACUCGUUGUGCUUUGGGAAUUGUAACACUGUUCCCAUCACUUAAGGAUCCAUACUCAAGAACUGGAUAUGAGCAUUUUUAUGACCCUAAGAGCAACCAAGGAUACAUAUCUUGGCGACUCGAAACAGUUUCUCGGCAAAGCAAACACCACGCCGGACACCACAGUAAGAAGGAUGCUAGGUCAAGUGGAACAUCAGACAUUGAGGGCAGUGGAGGACCAACAGCUCAUAGAGAAACCUGCAACCAUUUGGAACUGCAGUUGGCGGGUGACCAAUGCAAAGAAGCGAUAUCUUUCAUGAAUCAUUGUGCAGAGAAGGACCUGAUUCUUGACAAGAUGAAAGCAACAUUCAAGCACAGACAGCUCCUUAUUCAUGAUGCAGCGAAGUCCAAUACAGUGCUUUCAGUUUUUCCCAGAUUUCUCGACACUAAGGGAUUGAUACUUCAAGAUUUUGACAUCCAAUUUGGAACAGAAACAGCCUCCAGACUUCUUGAACAAUGGGAUAGUCUAAAGCCCAAGAUCAUUGCAGAAGCAAGAACGCUUAAUUCGACCUUGCAUCUGAACAGCCUGCUUUCAGAUGCCCAGGGUAACAGACAAGAUGAGGAUUCUGAUUGGCAAGGAUGGGACAGUGAUAUGUCCUCUAUUUUACUCCUGGCCUACCUUUUGCCACCUUCAGCUGGUGGUAGGAAUAAAUCUACCAAGAUAAGCAUCAGAGAGGCAAUGGACCAUAUUGUGCAGUUUCACAAGGCUUGCCGUAGUCUAACUGAACACAUUAACAAGACUGAAGGUCUUCAACCACAUCUCCUUGCAGUUGGUUCAGCGAAGAGCGUCAUCCAUGAUUUUUACAUCGUGAUGGAUGGAAAACUGCUUCCAUGUCAGGCAAAGUCUUCACUUUCUGCCUUUGAUGAACUUUUUAAAGCAUACUUUGUCUUUAGCGUGUCUUAUCCUCACUGCUUAAGUGCAAUGUAUACAUUCAUCCAGACUACUAUCUACAAGAUAGAUCUUGGUAUAGUUCGUGAAACCCCUAGGGUUAAGGACCUACGAGCUAAACUUUUGAACUAGUUAAACUAUAUUAAAAUGUUUCGCUGUUUUGUUUGCAAACUGGCACAUUCUAAAAUCAAUGACCUUGUUCGUCAUCUAAAACUUAUUCAUGCUUACUAUCCUGGGAAAAAAUUGAACCUGAAAUGUGCACAGAAAAAUUGUAAACGCAGCUUCAUGACUUAUGCUGGAUUUCGAAAACACCUAAUCAGUGUUCAUGGAAAUGACUAUCUAGACCAAACUGUGACUGAAAAUCAAACUGAUGAAGAUAAUGAACAGAUUGAGUUAAUGUCGGAUUUAAAUAAUGAUGUUGAAAUACCAGAGACAUCAUCCAAUGAUAAAAGAAGAGGUACUGAAACUCAAGAAAUGUGUUCAUCCAUUAUCGCUAGAUUGCAAAAUAGUGGAGUAGCAACCAGUGUUGUAACAUCUGUAGUAUCGGAUAUGGAAGAACUGGUACAUGAAAUUCAUUCAAAUAUCAAAAGUGAGGUGAUGAAUCUACUUCCAGCUGAUGAUUUUGGAACAUCAUCUAAAAUAGAACACUGUUUUGAUAAUCUUGAUAAUCCAUUCUCAAAAUUAAGUACAGAAACCAAAUGGAAAAAAUAUUUCAAAGAGAAAUGGGCUGUUGUUGACCCUACAGAGAUCCAAUUAGGUGUAAGAUUUGAUAGUAGAUUGAAUCGGGUGACACGGACAUAUGAUCAAAUCCCUGUAACUGACAAAUUCAUUUACAUUCCCUUGCUGGAUACCUUGCAGUUUAUUUUUAGGAAUUCUGAGAUAUGUAAACAUAUGUCAAAUCCAGGUAAGAGUAACGGUGUCUAUAAGGAUUUUUGUGACGGAAGUUAUUAUAAAAACCAUCCACUGUUCAGUAAACAACCAAAUGCUCUUCAAAUACAGUUAUUUUUUGACGAAUUUGAAUCCGCGAAUCCCCUGGGCUCCAAGCAAGGUAUCCACAAAAUCGGAGCCAUUUACU